AUGGCGACCUUGAACUUUGCCUUAAAGAACAACACUACCUCGAGCAACGCCUACGCCUACGUCACAGGCUUGGCGCUUGAUCGUGGCAAUGCGCUUUGCAUCCUGCGAUCCGAUGGCAAGACUCCUUACUAUCCGUCGUCACCAUCGGCCACCUUGACUAAACUGAGUUGGGACUGCGCAAUCCCACUCGGCGCACCGGGCAGUACCACUGCUGUUACUAUCCCGCACCUUGCGGGUGCUCGGUUGUGGUUUGUGCGGGACAACAAAUUGACCUUUUAUCUCAAUCCCGGUCCCGCGCUGGUAGAGCCAUCGGUGUCCAACCCUUCAGAUCCGAAUUUCAACAUCAACUGGGCGUUUUGUGAGUUCACUUGGAACAGCGCUCAGUUGUAUGCAAACCUGAGCUAUGUUGACUUUGUGUCGAUGCCCAUUGCCAUGACUUUGACCAAUUCAUCCGGAGCAACCCAAACUGUCAAAGGUCUCCCUUCAAACGGACUUGACCUUAUCUGCAAUGCCCUCAAGACUCAGAACAACCAGGACCACGCGGGUUGGGAUCAACUUGUGGUUCAGCAAAACGGCGUGAAUCUUCGUGCCUUAUCCCCAAACAUGGGAAGAACAUUGAACAAUUCUCUGUUCAACGGUUACUUCGAGAACUAUGUGAAUCAGGUUUGGGCACGUUAUGCAAACGGUACGGCCAACACUCUGACCGUCAACACUCAAGCUGGAGCUGGUGAUGUCACUGCCAAAGUCGCCGGCGACGUGAUGUGUUUUUCCGUUUCGGGAAUAUCUUACACGAAGCCAUCUACUGGCGACAUCUUUAGCAACAGUACUGGGCCGUUUGCCAAUUCAAACAACAUCACCAGAGAUGCCAUCACGGCACGUCUGGCCGCUGCGUUCAAUCGCUCGACCUUGUUGCUCAAUGGAAGCCAACCCAAUGGACAAACCGUUUCCAGCUACUACCAAAACUCUCCAACCAAUCAUUUCUCGCGCAUCUGUCAUGCUGUGAGUCUCGACACUCGCGGUUAUGCGUUCCCGUACGAUGAUGUUGCACCAGAUGGUGGGCUUGACCAAUCUGGAAGUGUCUAUGAUGGCAAUCCGAAACUUUUGACCGUCACUCUUGGUGGCCUUUAA